AGUGUCUGUCUUUCCGGUGCUUUACUUGUAGUUCCCAUUGGACUAAUUCUCGGAGCCGUGCCGGUUAUUGCCGAAGCCUCGUAUCGCAGCAAGCGGGAGACUCCAAGACGCCCUCGAGGAUGGUCUGCUUUAUUUUAUGCGGCCGAGGCUGUUGGAGGCCGCGCGCCUUGAGCCUCGGUGUCGCCUGCUUGCUGGCGCUUCUGCCCGGCCGGGUAUUCUCAGACUCCUGCAUCUGGUAUGGCCAGUGUGGAAUUGCUUUUCCAGAUAAAAGGUACAAUUGUGAAUAUUAUGGCCCAGCAUUGCCACUACCAAAGGAUGGCUAUGAAUUGUUGCAAGAACUCUGCCCAGGUUUCUUCUUUGGUAAUGUUAGUCUUUGCUGUGAUGUAGAGCAACUUCAGACUCUGAAAGACAACAUGCAGCUUCCUCUGCAGUUUCUUUCCAGGUGUCCUUCUUGUUAUUAUAAUUUAAUAAACCUUUUCUGUGAGCUAACCUGCAGUCCUCAUCAGUCUGAGUUUCUGAAUGUUACACAAACAAUGCCAUAUUAUGAUCCAGUUACAAAAGAAAAUAAAACUAGUAUCACAGAGCUACAAUAUUACAUUGGAGAAGAAUUUAGCAACGCUAUGUAUAAUGCCUGUAAAGAUGUAGAAGCUCCAUCAAGUAAUGUUAAAGCAUUGGGACUGUUGUGUGGAAAAGAUGUUAAUGAAUGCAAUGCAACCAACUGGAUUCAGUAUAUGUUUAGUAAGACGAAUGGUCAGACUCCUUUCAACAUAAUUCCAGUUUUUUCAGAUGUUCCUAUCCAUGGAAAGAUUCCGAUGAACAAUGUUACGAAAGGUUGCAAUGAGUCAGUGGAUGAUGUCACAGCAUCCUGCAGUUGUCAGGAUUGUUCUGUUGUCUGUGGCCCCAAGCCACAACCCCCUGCACCUCCAGCACCUUGGCUUUUGCUUGGUUUGGAUGCCAUGUAUGUCAUCAUGUGGAUCUCUUACACAGGAUUUUUGCUUGUCUUUUUUGCAGCAGUUUUUGGAGUCUGGUGUUACAGGAAGAGGCACUUCGUUUCUGAAUACACACCUAUUGACAGCAACAUUGCUUAUUCUGUUAACUCACGCCAGAAUAUUGGAGAAGCUACCUGGUGUGAAAGUCUUGGUGAGAAGUUUGAGAAUGCUUUAAGAGUCACAUUCUCAUCAUGGGGAGCUUUCUGUGUUCGAAACCCAAGACCUGUUAUUCUCUUCUCCCUGGUUUUUAUCGCCAUGUGUUCCUCAGGCCUCAUGUUUCUCAAAUUAACCACAAAUCCUGUAGACCUUUGGUCAUCUCCAAAUAGUCAAGUUCGCAAUGAGAAGGAAUACUUUGAUACUCAUUUUGGACCUUUCUUCCGUACUGAACAACUAAUUAUUCAAGCUCCAAAUACCAAGCCAGAUAUAUACUCUCCCUAUCCAACAGGAUCUGAUGUUCCUUUUGGCCCUCCACUUACCAAGCCUAUUCUGCAUCAGGUAUUAGACUUGCAGAAUGCUAUUGAAAAUAUAACUGCUUCUUAUAAUAAUGAGACCGUAACACUGAAGGACAUUUGCCUAGCUCCUCUUGCUCCUUACAACAACAACUGCACUAUUCUGAGUGUGCUCAACUAUUUCCAGAACAGUCAUUCUGUCUUAGAUAAUAACAUUUCUGAUGCCUGGUGGACCUAUGCUGACUACCAUGCUCACUUCUUGUAUUGUGUCCGGGCUCCAGCAUCGCUGAAUGACACGACCUUGCUUCAUGAACCAUGCUUGGGAACAUUUGGUGGCCCUGUCUUCCCAUGGCUGGUGAUGGGAGGAUACGAUGGUGAAAAUUACAAUAAUGCUACAGCUCUUGUGAUCACUUUUCCUGUGAAGAAUUACUACAAUGACACAGAUAAGCUAAUGAAAGCUCUGGCAUGGGAACAGGAAUUCAUCAACUUUGUGAAAAACUACAAUAACCCGAAUUUAACCAUUUCCUUCUCUGCUGAACGUAGCAUUGAAGAUGAAAUAAACCGGGAAAGCAAUAGUGAUGCCAGAACUGUUGUAAUUAGCUAUUUAGUCAUGUUUAUAUACAUAUCCAUAGCUCUGGGACACAUCAAAAGUGCUGCUAGAUUCUUGGUGGACUCAAAAGUUUCAUUGGGCAUUGCAGGCAUCCUGAUUGUACUGAGUUCAGUUGCCUGUUCUCUGGGUAUCUUCAGCUAUUUUGGAGUCUCCAUAACACUGAUCGUUAUUGAAGUCAUUCCAUUUUUGGUGCUGGCAGUUGGAGUAGACAACAUUUUCAUCAUUGUUCAGACAUUUCAGAGAGAUGAACGCCUGCAAAGUGAAACCUUAGAUAAGCAGAUUGGCCGAAUCCUUGGAGAUGUGGCUCCUAGCAUGUUCCUUUCAUCACUCUCAGAGACAGUGGCUUUCUUCUUGGGGAGUUUGUCUACUAUGCCUGCUGUUCGCACUUUCUCCCUCUUUGCUGCAGUCGCUGUAUUCAUUGAUUUUCUCCUUCAGAUUACCUGUUUCAUAAGCUUACUGGGUUUGGACAUUAAGCGUCAAGAAAAAAAUCGAUGUGAUAUCCUCUGUUGCAUUAAAGGUAGUGAACAAGUCACUACUGUGCAGAACUCUGAAAAUGUGUUGUUUUUAUUCUUCAAAAACAUAUAUUCUCCAUUUCUUCUGAAAGAUUGGAUGAGACCAAUCAUCAUUUCGAUAUUUGUAGGUAUAUUAUCAUUCAGCAUUGCAGUUGUCCACAAAGUAGAGAUUGGCCUGGAUCAGAGACUAUCAAUGCCAGAUGACUCAUAUAUGAUGGAUUAUUUCAACGCUCUCAGCAAUUACUUGCACGCAGGUCCCCCAGUAUACUUUGUGAUACAAGAAGGACAUAACUAUACAACUUUGGAUGGGCAAAAUAUGGUGUGUGGUGGAAUGGGAUGCAACAACAAUUCCCUAGUACAACAAAUAUCUGAUGCAGCAGAUAUUAGUAGCUACACAAGAAUUGGUUAUGUUCCAUCUUCUUGGAUUGAUGACUAUUUUGACUGGGUCAAACCACAGUCUUCCUGUUGCAGAACCUAUAACACCACUGGACAAUUCUGCAAUGCUUCAGUUGUCAACCCAUCCUGUGUGCGUUGUCGGCCCCUGACUCCAGAAGGGAAGCAGAGGCCUCAGGGUAAAGACUUCAUGAAAUUUCUCCCAAUGUUCCUCUCUGAUAACCCUAAUCCGAAAUGUGGCAAAGGGGGACAUGCAGCAUAUAGUUCUGCUGUGAACUUUAUAGACAAUAACACUGCAAUUGGAGCUACUUACUUCAUGUCUUACCAUACAGUGCUAAAAUCUUCAGCAGACUUCAUUGAUGCAAUGAAGAAAUCACGGAUGAUAGCAAAUAAUAUUACUGAAUCCAUGAGGUCCAAAGAGAGUAACUACCGUGUAUUCCCUUACAGUGUGUUCUAUGUUUUUUAUGAACAAUAUCUGACUAUUGUGAAUGACACCAUCUUUAACCUUGGUAUUUCCCUCGGAUCAAUAUUUUUGGUAACAAUGGUGCUACUUGGCUUUGAAAUAUGGGCUGCCAUUAUUGUCUCCCUCACCAUUGCGAUGAUCUUGAUCAACAUGUUUGGAGUGAUGUGGCUCUGGAGUAUCAGCCUGAAUGCUGUUUCAUUAGUCAACCUUGUCAUGAGUUGUGGCAUUUCUGUUGAGUUCUGCAGUCAUGUGACAAGAGCAUUCACAGUUAGUACAAAAGCAACCAGAGCAGAGCGUGCCGAAGAAGCACUAUCCCACAUGGGGAGCUCUGUUUUCAGUGGCAUUACUCUCACCAAAUUUGGAGGGAUAGUUGUGCUUGCCUUUUCCAAGUCUCAGAUUUUCCAGAUCUUCUACUUCAGGAUGUAUCUAGCAAUGGUGCUACUUGGAGCAACCCAUGGAUUAAUAUUUCUUCCUGUCCUGCUUAGUUAUAUCGGACCCUCAGCAAAUAAAGCUAAAGCACGUGCAGCACAAGAAAGGAACAAAGGUACAGAAAGAGAGAAACUCCUGUUCUUCUAGCCAUUUUAAACUACAUGGUCAGUGGACUCAUUCCAGCUGAAGCCCUCUUCAUCAUAAAUUGUAGCAAAUUCUAUGACUACUGUCUCACAACUGUAAAACUACUGGAUUGAUUUGAUGUCUAUCUAAAAGCAAGAGGACCAGUAGUACUGGAGAGUUUGGACUCAGGAAAUACUAUGGACAAACUUCACAAGUAUCAGUAUUACUGACAUUAACAAGAUUAUACAUUAUUUAAUAUAGUUUCAUUCUUGUAAACGGCUGUUGUUCCAUUACAUAAAUAACUUUCCUGAUGAAAUUUAAAAUGACAUGUAUGAGAAUAGAUUGCAGAACCACUGACAGUUUUUUAAAUGUAAGUCAAUGCAAAUUUGUGGCUCUAUUUUUUAGGGAAAAAAUAAGCCAUUGGUUAAAACAUUGUAAUAUUUUUAAUAUUUGCCAAAGGGUCUUAUAUAUAUAUACUUUAUUAUAAAAUAGGAUUUGAAGGUCAAAAGUAUCAGUACAGAAAUGCAAUAAAUUAAGUUUAUAUUUUGUAUUGAAA